AUGACCAUAUCUGAUUAUUUUUCAAAACUGAGGGAUCUUUGGGAUGGGUUUGAUGCUCUCAUGCCCUGCCCUGGUUGUCCAUGUCCAGAAUCAAAGAAAUAUGUUCAAGGCAAUUUCAAACAAAGAAGAAGCCAAGUACAGUGUGACUGUCACUACAAAGGACAUACUAAGGAAAAUUGCUAUAAGUUAAUUGGCUAUCCAGCUGACUUCAAACCUAAGAAGAAAGGAGGAACACCUGGCCUACAUUCUAAUCAUGCUAAUGCUGAAGUUUAUCAACCAGGAGAAGGGCAUCAGAUGCAGGUUGGAGCUCAACAUGGUAGAGGAGAUCACUCUGUGGUGUCUCAGCCUGUUAUUAUGCCUCAAUGCCCUAUGAUGCCUCAAUCUACCACUUAUUCUCAUCCUUCACCACUUGCACCUAUCUCACACAGCAACAUUAUCAGCAGAUUGUUUAACUGCUCAAUAAGAGUGCUGAGGAGGCACCAUCUUCAACGGCUGCAGGACCUUUACAGUGGUCAGGUGCUGGGGAUUGGUAAGGAAGAGUAUGGACUCUAUCUGCUAAAAGGGAACUCACUCCAGAAAUCAGUGCAGCUAUUAAAUAAAUGUGCACACACAACUAAUCUUAGUUCUGAGUCUAUUAGUUUUGAGUCGAUUCACCUAUGGCAUCUCAGAUUAGGACAUUCUCCUAUUGAUGUAAUCAGAAGGAAUGAUGCACCUAGAAAUACAUUUUCUACUACCGUUAAGACACUCUGGACUGAUAAUGGGAGUGAAUUCUUUAGUGCUGAAUUCAAAGCAUUGAUCUCUUCUCUUGAAAUCAUCCACCAAAGUUCCUGUGUUUACACUCUUCAGCAGAAUGGAGUGGUAGAGAGAAAACACAGAACAAUCCUUGAAAUGGCGAGAUCACUCAGAGUCUUUGGAUGUCUAUGCUAUGCAUCCAAUCCAAAGGAGAAUGAUAAGUUUGCUCCCAGAGCUCUCCAUGCAGUCCUUCCAGGAUACUCUUCGGGGUACAAGCUUUACAGUUUGUACACCAAGUCUUUGUUUGUGAGCACACAUGCAGUAUUUCAGGAACAUCUUUUUCCCUUCAAACAUAUGAAGGAUACUAGUACCCCUAUAUUUUCUGUCCUUGACCUGCUACCAUUCGCGGAGGCCUACUUACAGGUUGUUCCCUCACAUCCCUAUGUUCCUUGUCAAGAAUUACACCCUAUCACUCCUUUUGUUCCUAAUGAACAACAACAACAUAUUGCCUCUUCACCACAUGCUGAGUCUCCUACUUCACCCUUAGAGCCUCAAGACCAGCCUUCUGAACUUCCACCUAUUCAGGAGUUAAGAAGGUCCACUAGAGAAGGGAAGCAACUUGCUUGGAUACAGGACUAUUUCCUGCUGCCAAGAACAAUUCUUGCCUAUAUCCUAUCUCCUCCUAUGUUUCUUAUGUUGAUAUCAAACUGCCUUACAAGUAGGCCUUGUCAGCAUAUACAAUUAUCAGAGAGCCUCAUACAUUCAGAGAGGCUGCUUUGGAUCCAAAAUGUGUUGAGGCAAUGA